UAUUGCUAACAUUAGAUUGGUUCUUUUUAAAUGGGUGAAGCGAAAAAGGACGAUGCGUCUAUGGAGGAUGACAGCUGGACGCAAGGCGACAGUAAGGAAUGGUCCAAGCCCAUCAAGCCAUUGCAAGAGAAAUGGAAACUAGUGCCGGCUUUCUUGCAAGUCAAAGGCCUUGUCAAGCAGCACAUUGAUUCCUUCAAUCACUUCAUCAAUGUCGAUAUCAAAAAAAUUGUGCGUGCCAACGAAAUUGUAACCAGUGGUGCAGAUCCGCUUUUCUACCUGAAGUAUUUGGACGUACGUGUGGGCAAGCCGGACAUCGACGAUGGCUUUAACAUAACCAAAGCGACCACGCCGCACGAGUGCCGGCUCCGAGACACCACCUACUCGGCGCCCAUCAGUGUGGACAUUGAGUACACACGUGGCACCCAGCGUAUUAAGCGCAACAAUUUGCUCAUUGGACGCAUGCCUUUAAUGCUCAGAUGCUCGAACUGUGUGCUCACUGGUAAAUCCGAGUUCGAGCUCUCCAAGCUGAACGAAUGUCCGCUUGAUCCGGGCGGUUAUUUCGUGGUGCGUGGCCAGGAGAAGGUCAUUCUCAUACAGGAGCAGCUCUCCUGGAAUAAAAUGUUGACUGAGGACUUUAAUGGUGUCGUUCAGUGCCAGGUCACCUCGUCGACGCAUGAGAAGAAAUCGCGCACGUUGGUGCUGAGCAAGCAUGGCAAAUACUACCUGAAGCACAAUUCAAUGACGGACGAUAUACCUAUUGUGGUCAUCUUUAAGGCUCUGGGCGUCGUAUCCGAUCAGGAGAUAAUGGCUCACAUUGGUUUGGAUGCGCGUUCUCAGAAUCGAUUUGGUGCCUCUCUUUUGGAGGCCUUCAAUCUGAAGAUCUUCACACAGCAGCGUGCCCUGGAUUAUAUGGGCUCCAAGUUGGUGGUGAAACGCUUUCAGAGUACCACGACUAAAACCCCCUCGGAGGAGGCUCGCGAGCUGCUGUUGACCACAAUUCUAGCCCACGUGCCCGUCGACAAUUUCAACUUUCAAAUGAAGGCGAUCUACGUAUCGUUAAUGGUGCGACGAGUAAUGGCCGCAGAGCUAGACAAGACGCUAUUCGAUGAUCGUGACUAUUAUGGAAAUAAGCGAUUGGAGUUGGCUGGAUCGCUGAUUUCUCUGAUGUUCGAGGAUCUGUUCAAGCGCAUGAACUGGGAACUGAAGAUGAUAGCGGACAAGAAUAUACCCAAGGUGAAGGCGGCACAAUUCGAUGUGGUGAAGCACAUGAGAGCGGCCCAGAUUACCGUUGGCCUCGAGUCUGCCAUCAGCUCUGGGAAUUGGACAAUUAAACGUUUUAAAAUGGAACGCGCUGGCGUUACUCAGGUGCUGUCGCGACUCAGCUACAUCUCGGCGCUGGGCAUGAUGACGCGCGUGAACUCACAGUUUGAGAAGACGCGAAAGGUAUCUGGUCCCCGUUCACUGCAGCCCAGUCAAUGGGGCAUGCUGUGUCCUUCCGAUACGCCCGAGGGCGAAGCCUGCGGUCUAGUCAAGAAUCUGGCACUAAUGACGCACAUAACGACCGAAGUGGAUGAACGGCCGGUCAUGACGUUGGCCUACAACGCGGGCGUCGAGGACAUACGUGAGGUCAGCGGCAAUCCCAUCAAUAAUCCACACGUUUUUCUGGUGUUCAUCAAUGGCAAUGUGCUCGGUCUGACCAUUAAUCAACGACAUCUGGUGCGCAACCUGCGCUACAUGCGCCGCAAGGGACGCAUGGGCAGUUUCGUUUCCAUCCACACGUCAUACACACAGCGCUGCAUCUUCAUACACACGGACGGCGGACGGCUGUGCCGGCCAUAUAUCAUCGUGGAGAACCAACGGCCACUUGUGCAACAGCGUCAUUUGGAUGAGUUGAUGCGGGGUGUACGCAAGUUUGAUGAUUUUCUGCAUGACGGAUUGAUUGAGUACUUGGAUGUGAAUGAGGAGAAUGAUUCGUUUAUUGCCUGGAACGAGGAACACCUUGAGCCGCACACAACGCAUCUCGAAAUUGAACCGUUCACACUGCUGGGCGUCUGUGCUGGCCUGGUACCCUAUCCGCAUCACAACCAGAGUCCUCGUAAUACCUAUCAAUGUGCGAUGGGUAAACAAGCCAUGGGCAUGAUUGGCUACAAUCAAAAGAAUCGCAUUGACUCCCUCAUGUACAACUUGGUUUAUCCGCAAGCCCCGAUGGUCAAGUCGCGCACUAUUGAGCUGACUAACUUUGAUAAGUUGCCUGCUGGCCAGAACGCCACGGUGGCUGUCAUGAGCUACUCCGGGUAUGAUAUCGAAGAUGCACUGAUCCUAAACAAGGCUUCAAUUGACCGCGGCUAUGGACGUUGUCUGGUCUACAAGAACUCCAAAUGCACUGUGAAGCGCUAUGCGAAUCAGACCUUUGAUAGAAUCAUGGGUCCGGUGAAGGAUGCUCUAACCAAUAAAGUGAUCUUCAAGCACGAUGUGCUGGACACGGAUGGAAUUGUGGCGCCUGGAGAACAGGUGCAAAACAAACAAAUCAUGAUCAACAAGGAAAUGCCAGCAGUCACCUCCAUUAAUCCACUCGAAGGCCAAUCGCAGGUGCCUUAUACCGCGGUGCCCAUAAGCUACAAGGGACCAGAGCCCAGCUAUAUUGAGCGCGUGAUGGUCUCGGCCAAUGCCGAGGAGGAUUUUCUCAUUAAGAUUUUGUUGCGGCAAACGCGUAUACCGGAAAUUGGCGAUAAGUUCAGCUCGCGGCAUGGACAGAAGGGUGUUACGGGUCUUAUUGUGGAUCAGGAGGACAUGCCGUUCAAUGACUUUGGUAUAUGCCCAGACAUGAUCAUGAAUCCACAUGGCUUCCCCUCACGCAUGACAGUGGGAAAGACCUUGGAGUUGUUGGGCGGCAAAGCUGGUGUUUUGGAGGGUAAAUUUCACUAUGGCACAGCCUUUGGGGGCUCCAAGGCGGCGGAUGUGCAAGCAGAAUUGGUGCGUCACGGCUUUAACUAUAUGGGCAAAGACUUUUUCUACUCGGGCAUAACGGGCGCACCGCUGGAGGCGUACAUCUACUCGGGCCCGGUGUAUUAUCAGAAGCUGAAGCAUAUGGUGCAGGACAAAAUGCAUGCGAGAGCACGUGGUCCCAAGGCCGUGCUCACACGCCAGCCCACUCAGGGUCGCAGUCGUGAAGGUGGGCUGCGUUUGGGCGAGAUGGAACGUGAUUGUCUCAUAUCUUAUGGAGCGAGUAUGUUGAUAAUGGAACGUCUAAUGAUAUCAUCCGACGCCUUUGAGGUGGACGUGUGCCGCACCUGCGGCAGAUUGGCCUACUGCUCAUGGUGUCAUUUCUGUCAGUCGUCGGCCCAUGUCUCUAAGAUAUCAAUGCCGUAUGCUUGUAAACUGUUGUUCCAGGAGCUGACUAGCAUGAAUGUGGUGCCCAAGCUAAUAUUGGAGAAUUACUAGUGAAGGCCUACAUAUCUAUGUACAUAUAUAUUUAUAUGAAGAAGACAAGGGGAAUAAAUUGUAUGCUUAUGUUUGUAAUCCUAAA